CGCACACAGCAUCUACCCUUGCACACCUCAGCCCUCUCUGCAGACGCACAUCCCCAAAUCUGAUGCCAACAUGAGAGCCAGGAUGAGAACGCUGCUGCUAGUAUUGGUGGCAACUCUUUGCUUUGCAAACGCUCAAACCAACAACAGCAGCAACGACAACAAGCUGCAGGUUCAGCCACAGCAGCAACAGCAGCAACAGCAGCAAAGCAUCUGGGAUGAGCCCAUCAGAUUCAACACCAAAGCCAAAGACUCGUGUACCAUGGUGGUAUCCGGAGCUGGGGACUAUACUCGCCUGCGUGUUUCCUGCAAAAGUCAGACCCAGACCCCUGGACGCUCCUACUAUUGUGACUUCCAGGGCAAACCCAACCUGUGUCGCGCCUACAACCUCAACCCUCGCCACUACUUCACCCAGAUGAUGUGGGAGCUGAGGAAGCUGAGCCACGCCUGCCAAGGAGCCAAAAUCUACCGCCCACCGAUGUGCAAGAAAUACCCCGACGAGGCUCAGGUAACCUUCCUGUCCUCCUGGCCUAGGACCACGGCCUCAAAACCUUCCAAGCCUGCUCAGGAGCCACGUAAACCAGCGGUGCCGGCCCAGACCAAGCCCGUCGUUACUCUUAAACCUGUGAAGCCCCAGCCUCAGCCCGUUAAACCACAGCCAGGAAAGGGCUCCCAGACCAGGAAAACUACCCCCAAGCCUGCAAAGACCACUACUCGCCCCACUGAGCAGCCUGGCUCCAAAUCCUCACGCAUCGCCUCUGAGUACUGCUGGAAGAGCUUCCAAGGCAUCUGCACCUACUUCAUCAGCUGGUUCCAAAACUGAGACGAUGCCGCAGGAUCUUUCUGAGAGCCUUUCCCCUCUGAAGCAUCCUACAGGCUGAGACUGUACAACACACAACAAGGCAAAGAGGAACUAUGGCAGGCAUGUGCUUCUGUUUGUAUAUGUUGUGAAAUGCCCUCUUUGUGUCACAUACAAAAAAAAAAGAAAAAGAAAAUGUGAAGAUAAAGAGAAUAAAGUCAGAGCGGUGACGUCCCCA